AUUAAUCGUUGAUAGUUAUAUAUGUUACUACUUCAUGGACGUGUUGUAAUAGUUUCUUGAUAUUUCAAAUUGUAUUAACAGGAUAGGAAGGUCAUAUUUUAGAACGUUCUACUUUAUAAUGAAUCAGUUAUAUUGAUUAAUGACGAGUGUAUAUACCAUAUAAAAGAAACGUAAAGCCACUGAAUAACCAACAAAUAUUCAACCAGCGCUACAGGUUAACGUCUACAUAGUAUUUCGAUAUGGCUCAAUUUUUAGGAAAAUGGAAUUCAGUAUCUAUGACCAAUAUCGAAGCUGUAGGAAAAGUUAUGGGCUUUACAGAUGAAAUGAUUAAAAAGUACAAAGAAUCUAAAUGGACAUUUGAAUUCACAAAAGAUGGAGAUAAGUUUUCAAUUACAAAUGAAUCAAACAACACACCUAAAUCAACUAAUACAUACGAAGAGGGGAAGGAAUUGGUGACGAAAAACUCAUCUGGACAAUGUCUUAAGAUUACUAUCAAAUUUGACUCGGAUUCCAAAAUGACUGUAAUGGAAAAAAUGGAACUUUCAGCUGGUUGGAAAAAUGUAAAACUUGUACGAACAGUUGAAGGAAACAAAAUGACAGCAGUUUUUGAAGAACUGGAAAGUGGCGCAAAGAUGACCCAAAUUUUCGAGAGAUGCACAUAGUCUGAGGAACAAACAAACGGAGUGGUAGUGAACGUCAUGCAUAAGUGUUGUUUGUAUGUGUGAAAACGUCUCGAGAUGCCUAAUGAAUGUAAACACAAGAUGUGUGUGUGUGUGUGUGUGUGUGUAAUAAGAAAGCGACAAAAACAACUUUUUAAAGAACAGAAGAGCACAGAAGUCUUCUUCGAAAAUAAGACAAUCAUUUGUUUUUAUGCUUAACCACUAGAAUAUUUGUCUUAAAUAAACAAUGGUUGGCAGCUUUGCAAUAAGAAAAAAUCUGA